AUGAUCAGUUGGUCACCGUGCUCAACGCGUUCCAUAUCGCCGUCGUGCGCCUCACCGCUGCAGCUGAGGGGAUCGUGGGCCUAUGACGUCAUCUAUUUACCGGGCAAUCUCGAGAGGGCAAUUAAGAUCAUGAAGGGUCCGCUGGCACUGGGACUGGUUCUUGAUGCAGAAGCGGAUAAAGGCGUGAACGGCUGCGUAGUGAAGAGCGUGUGCAGCAGAAAGGCAGUGGCUCAAGAUGGCAGAAUACAGGUCGGCGAUUACAUAGUGAAGAUUAACAACGAGGGCAUGAGGAACAUAACGAAUUCGCAAGCGCGAGCCAUUUUGAAACGAACGAAUCUGAUCGGAACGCAGUGCAAUGUUGUUUAUAUAACGUCAAGUGAUGCGAAACUGUGGAAGGAGCGGUUCCACCACGCGGAUAGCGAAGCGCAAUCGCCCGUUAUCAAUAGGUUGUCACCG